AUGAAUUUGAGUUGGUUGCCGGACCAAAAUAUCUUUGACGCCGAGAGUGUUUUCAAGGUUGAACUGCCCUUGGAGACCCAACGAAAGCUAGGGUGUAAGGCCGCGGAAGAUGUAUUUCUGGAGUACCCAUGGGCGUAUGUGACGCGAGAAGAACUGGUGAUGCAAUUACGCAAAAAUAAUUCCGGUCUGGAGUGCUGCAGAAACAAAAUAGGAGAAUACAAGCCGCAGUGGGUUUUAGUCGGGUACGCCUCCAGUGAAUUGACCUCGAGCAGCUUCGUAGUUUGUCUUAGUGAGGAAACAAGAGACUCAAUUGUCAGGAGAAACCGAGAAAUAACCAGGAAAAUUCGGGAGAAAGUUUAUCUUAUGAUCACUAAAACCAGUCGGUGUGUUGACACACCGUCAGAGGAAGAUAAAAAAGAAAAUAUAAAUUCCAAGAAAGAUGGAGACAGUUCAAGGCCCUUUUUUGAGGUCGAGCUGUGCUUUAAUUCUAGUGCGCGUCGUCAAGCAAAAAAAUUAACUGAUAGAAAUAGCGGCGACGCGAGAGACGGUGCCAUUGAUCUGCUGCCAGAUUCUAGGGUAUACAACAACAUAUUCAUGAGACUAAUUUCUAAAGCGGUGAACACGACUCUGGAAUCCUGCGACAAGAGUGUCCAGUCCUAUCUGGGGUAUCCCAAGAACAAGUGGACCCAGUGUGACGAAUCCAAGGACCCCGUGGAGUCUUCCAAAGACGAGGAUCAAGAGGUUUUACCUGAAGGUAAAACUGAGAAGCAGACGUCCGUUGAAGAAAGCAGCCCGACCGGGCUUUCAGAGACAAUGACAAUUACUGAAGAAAGAGAUGGAGAUAAUGUCGAGCUGCUAGAAAUAGUCUUCCCGGAACAUCUUCGGGACUUGGUUGACUACGUCGGGUACAAUUCGAAGAUCAAUAUUAUCUCCGACGACAUAGAGGCUCUAUUGAGUACAAGUUAUACGGAAAGCGAGAGUUUUAACGGGUUUAAUUUUGACAAAGCGUUGUGUUAUUUGAUAAAUCUGGACGUUACCAAGGGCAAAGUAAUUUCAGAUGUUUCUUGGCACCCGAGUAGAGUUGGAUUAGUAGCCAUUUCGUACGUGAGUAAUCCCCGGUGUGAUUUAGCGGAAAUUUCGGAUGAUCCUACCGAGCUUAAUAAAUCAAAUGAUUCGACUGUCGACGGUGUGAGUAGUUUUAGCAGGACUUGUGCACUUGUCUGGUCGCUCGAUGAACCACUUAAGCCCAAAUUAAUUCUUGAUGAUCCUCGUGAGAUACUAACAAUUUCUUUCUGCCCUUACAAAGCUAACAUUCUAGUCGGAGGCGCUGAAAACGGGCAAUUAAUCUUCUGGGACCUGGAUAAUAAUGCUUACUCCAAUACCGAAGACGUCUUUAAAGAUUAUUAUUCUGAUUCAAUUACUCAAGUAAUUGUCUCUUCCGCUUCCUCGGAUCCUUCCAAGUCUCAUUUGCAGGCGAUCCGAGGGAUCCGAUGGUUGCCACCCGAGUGUAAAAUCACGGAUAAUGGGAUGCUGGAGAAAACAGCAGAAAGCAGUAGCUUGCAGCUGAUGACAGUUUCUGAAGACGGCUCGGUUGCAGUUUGGGAUCUUCUUUGGCAGGCGAAUUUCCCGUCGAACUUGGCUGCCAAAAAUCUGAAGAGCUUAGUUAAGGCCGCAAUGUCACUGACCGACGAUCUAGAACGGCUUGACGGAGUUUUCUCUCCGCACUACCGGCUCCAUAUUCAGCUGCCCAAGGAAGCCUUCAACUUGACCGUCCUCGACUGCUGUUUGUCCUCGUUGGAGGCUUUUCGCUCUGAAGAAACUGUGGUUAAAUUUUGGGUCGGCACUGCACAAGGUCAAGUGUUAGAGUGCACCUGGCACGGCCAAGAAUUUGAGGUCACUGGUGAGGAGAAUUGCCAGAUCCUGAACGCCGCUUGUGUUCAUGAUGGACCAGUUAUCAGGAUCAUCCGUUCUGAUCAUAUAGAAGAGGUCUUGCUGAGUAUUGGCGGGCGUAUUUUUGCAAUUUGGCACCAGGACUUUGUAAAGCGUCCGGUAAUUUGGCGGAAAGGUAAAUUUCGGUACACAGCUGGCUGCUGGAGCCACACUCCUGGAGUUUUUAUAAUUGCCAGGCAUGAUGGUGACCUUGAAUGUUGGGAUUUGUAUCGAAAGACGGGACAACCGGUUCACGUGGAGACUAUUUCUGGAAAGUUGGUAACGGGACUGUUUAGAGCGCCGCAUGUUGUAGGAAAGGAAGAAAGAGAAGAAGAAAUGGUUAAUUCAGAGUUUAUCGGUAUUUGCGACUACAACGGGAGCUUCCGGGUGACAAGCAGUCCCUGCCGAGGAAAAGAAAAUUACCGAGCAAGAGUAGACUGGUUUAGAAAAUUCGUCUGCCGGGAAGUAGAGCGCAAGAAGGAGUUUCACGGGUGGCAGGAGGAUUAUUUGGCGAACGACAAAAAAGUUAUUGACAGAAAAGCCGCCCGCGCUGCUCUCGAGGCCAAGAGGCGCCACGAGGAGGCGCGGGAUAAAUUUUUAAAGGAACAAGAGGAACUCGCGAGGAUCAAAGCUGAAAAAAAGGCGCUGAAAGUUAAAAAGUCCAGAGAGAGCAUUCGCAAGGCGGAGAAUAUCGAGGUGAUGAAAAAUACGCUCCUGGAAAAAAAGGGGUUUGACCCCCGGGAACUUGACAGACUGAGGCAUCCACUUGUCAGGCAAGAGGAGGAAAAAACUGCCAGGAUGGAUAAAGCAUCGGAGAAAGUUGCUGAUAAAGACACUUACUUAAAACACGCGUUGGCUGUUGAGUUUCCGGAGAUUGAGUCAAGUGGGAAGAGCCGAGCUGUGAAAACAACCACGCCCGUUCAAGAACAACCGGAUAAAGUGAUUGAUGAAGAUGAGCUCAUAGAUCGUCAUAUGAGUAAUUAUUUACUAAUUAGCGGUGAGGCUGAAAAGCGGCUCAAAGAAUUUUCCGGUGGGCCCAAGUUUGACUGGAAUGCGGGUCUUGGCAUUAUUUGUAUGGCAUGCGCGUCUCCGGUGUAUAAUUCUGCAGCGAGUUGGUUCCUAUUUGUUGCGACGGCAUCCUUCAUAAUCACCCUUGCUUGGGUCUUUGUUUAUCUCUUGUCGCUGAGGGAGGCAUUAACAAUACGUAUUCACUGGAUUUUGACGGAAUUAUUAAACACAGGAAUAAUAACUAUCCUGUACACCAUCGCGUUUAUUGUCCAAUUAGCGGUCUGGAGUUCUUAUACCAACAGUCAGUGGAGUCCUAAAUCAUCGAAUAUUGCUGCCGGAGUAAGUAUUAUAACUUUAUCAUAUCAGUUAUGUUAUUUACUAGCGAGUACAUUACCUGUUAAUAAUUUAUUUAAUGUCCUUCCCCAGGUGUUUGGAAUCUUCAAUACCAUAGCUUAUGCUGCGGGAACGUACUUCCUCUACGUCGAACACAAGAGCAAUAACUCACAGUGA